AUGGCGAAUCUAAUUCAUUUCUUGGUGCUUUUUGGAUGUAUACUUGUGUGUAUAUGCCAGGAUUACGAUGUACAAGAAACCUUAAGCCAAGAACAAAGUGAAGGUAAUCCAAGCUAUUCGUUUGGUUAUGGAGUCUCCGAUGCGUUAACUGGUGAUGUUAAGACUGUAUGGGAAUCAAAGGACGGUGACACUUUUAAAGGUCACUACAGCGUGAUAGAACCAGACGGUUCUAUGAGGACUGUAGAAUAUUCAGCGGGACCUGAUACAGGUUUUAUAGCUGCCAACAGUGAUGCUAACCAAAAUGAACCACUGGAUUCUCCACUACCAAAUCCAGAUUUAAUGGAAGACAAGGCACUCCGAGAUUACGACAGAUACUAUGACUUCUCUGAAGACGCAGAUCUCGACCCACCCUAUAAAACGAAUGAAAAGAAAAAAAAAGAUAUCCAUAUGAAACACAAUUUAACGAUUAUUCUUUUAGCAAGCGGCCCAAACAUCCUUCAGACUUAG